AGCGUAACAUCUGCGUUUCUAGGAACUUCAUGUUGCAGAUGGCUUGAGACUCGGGUUAGAGGCCCACUUUAGAUUGGUGCUCUGGCUGGAACUUUGCCUUCAGAGAUGGCUCUGAGUAAAUCAAUGCAUGCAAGAAAUAGAUACAAGGACAAACCUCCUGACUUUGCAUAUCUGGCAACCAAAUAUCCAGAUUUUAAACAACAUGUUUAUAUAAAUCUGAAUGGAAGAGUGAGUCUUAAUUUUAAAGACCCUGAAGCAGUCAGAGCUCUGACUUGUACUCUUCUAAAGGAAGAUUUUGGACUUUCUAUUGAUAUUCCGCUGGAGAGACUAAUUCCCACAGUUCCCUUGAGACUCAACUAUAUUCAUUGGGUAGAAGAUCUGAUCGGUCAUCAGGACUCCGACAAAAGUACUCUCCGAAGAGGAAUUGACAUAGGUACUGGAGCAUCCUGCAUCUAUCCUUUACUUGGAAGUACCUUAAAUGGCUGGUAUUUCCUUGCAACAGAAGUAGAUGAUAUGUGCUUCAACUAUGCAAAGAAAAAUGUGGAACAGAAUAACUUAUCUGAUCUCAUAAAAGUGGUAAAAGUACCACAGAAGACACUCCUGAUGGAUGCCCUGAAAGAAGAAUCUGAGAUAAUCUAUGACUUUUGUAUGUGCAAUCCUCCCUUUUUUGCCAAUCAGUUGGAAGCCCAGGGAGUAAACUCUCGAAAUCCUCGAAGACCUCCACCUAGUUCGGUAAAUACAGGAGGUAUCACAGAGAUUAUGGCAGAAGGAGGCGAAUUAGAGUUUGUUAAAAGGAUCAUCCAUGACAGUUUACAACUUAAAAAAAGAUUACGGUGGUACAGCUGUAUGCUGGGAAAGAAAUGCAGCCUUGCUCCUCUGAAGGAAGAACUUCGCAUACAAGGGGUUCCUAAAGUCACCCACACUGAAUUCUGUCAAGGUCGGACAAUGAGAUGGGCCUUAGCUUGGAGUUUUUAUGAUGAUGUAACAGUACCAUCUCCACCAAGUAAGCGAAGAAAAUUAGAGAAGCCAAGGAAGCCCAUUACAUUUGUAGUGUUGGAGUCUGUGAUGAAAGAAUUAUCCCUCAAAGCAUCACCUUUGGGCUCUGAGACAGAAGAAGGCAUAGUAGUUGUGACUACAUGCAUUGAAAAAAUUCUCACUGAUCUGAAGGUCCAGCAUAAACGAGUUCCCUGUGGAAAGGAGGAAGUUAGCCUUUUCCUAACAGCCAUAGAAAACUCCUGGAUUCAUUUAAGGAGAAAAAAAAGAGAACGAGUGAGACAAUUGAGAGAAGUUCCUCUAGCUCCUGAGGAUGUCAUCCAAGCCUUGGAAGAGAAAAAGUUCACCCCCAAAGAGUCUGGAAGUAUCCAAGAUUUGGACCAGGGCCCCCCAGAGAGUAUCCUGUGUGGGCCUGCUCUACAGGAAGGCGAGUCAGCCACCGUCGAGGGCCAUAGCCCAAUCCAGGAUUCGCUUUCCCAGGGAAAAAUCCCAGAACCCAUGGAGGAUGAAAGAAGUGAGGAAAAGGGAGAGAUGGAAGUUUUGGAAAGUUGUGAAGGCUCUGGCAAUGGAGCGCAGGACCAAGAGGCUUCUGAGCAGUUCGUCAACCCAGUGUCUGAAAAAGGGAACCAUCUCCAAGGAAUGGCUGGACAUUACCUGUUCAAGUGUUUGAUAAACAUUAAGAAGGAGGUGGAUGAUGCCUUAGUUGAGAUGCAUUGGGUUGAUGGUCAAAAUAGGGAUUUGAUGAACCAGCUUUGUACCUAUAUACGUAACCAAAUUUUCAGGCUCAUUGCUAGUUAACUCCCAAGUUCUUGCAUAGUUGGGAAAGUUCUAUAAAGCAACUUGCUUUGGAGUUGCCUGUGGGGUGGUGAGAGGAAUUCUACCAUCAGCCUGUUGAUAACAUUGUGUGGAGUUAUCUUUAAAAACAGAAACAAAUUAAUUCAUUUUAAGCCCCACCACCCUGCCCCUUAAAGUUACAGGGCAUUGUAGUAUGGUGUUUCAGGAGGAAGAAUUGUGGUUAUCAGCAUCCACAAAAAGCCAUCAGAGAACUCAGAUUUAAACUUGACUUAAACUGAUCACCUUAGCUUUAGACUACUUCUCUGAGGCCAAAAGGAUUAGUUUUGGAAUCUGGUAUGGGUCAGAACUGUGCCCCCAGAUGGAGGCAAUACACCAGGCAGAUAGGCUCUGUACCCUCUUCUAGAGUCACCUUGAAGACUGGAGACUUUCUCUGGGUACAUAUGAUCGAUUACCUACCCCUAAUCAGGCCUAAGAGAACAGGCCUGCUGGUGGGUGGGAGAGUCAGGGAGAGGAAGCUUAGUAAUACCAGAAGAGCUGAUCUGGGGAGCACCUGGAAACAUCACAUUCCUGACUCAUGUCUGUUUUGAUGUUGCUUAUUUCAGAAACAAGUAGGUAAGCAAAACUCCCAGAUGUGACUGAGACACAACAGAAUGAAGCCAUAUCCCCACCUCCAACCUGUUAAAAGUACUGUUUUGUAGCAGUUUUACUAGUGUAUGACAUUUGAAAUGGAGCUUUGUUUUGUUUUUAAUAUGAGUAUUUCAAAUUGACAACUGUCCAUCCUGUUUGAAUCCUGGGGUUGGGGGAAAUAUUUUCUUGGUUUUGAAUGGGUAAAUGAUGAUAGAAAUAAGCAAUGGAGCAAGGUAGUUAUGUGCAGUAGGUUGCUUAAAAAUUCUCAUUAAUUGGCAGAUAAGUUGUAGCUGAUCAAAUAUUGCUUUUUGUGUGUUCCUUAGAAAUCCCCCCCUGUACUUACCUGUUAGCAUGGGAGAAUUCUGAGGCCAGGGUAACCAUGUUCUGAAAACACCUUUCUAAUUGGAGUGUCAGGGCUCAGCAGGAAUGCCUCUGGAAAAGGAAUUUCCUUUUUUGUUCUCUAGGUAUCUUGGUUGCCCUCUGCCGAGCUUCACUUUCAGCAGCCUAGUGUUCUGUUUAGACUGAAAUAUUUUAGUAUGGUGCCAGAGCUCCUUGUUAUCUGCAAAGAAGAUUGGAGCUGAGUAGUUUAGCCACACUUUUGAAAGGUGGCUUUUGGUUAGGGCAGAAUACUGAUGACCUUGGCAUAUUUUGGCAGAAGCUAGGCCAGGGCCUCAGCAAAGAUACGGGAAAUGAAGAUAGGACUACAUUACACCUCCCUGUGGCAGUGGAGACAGAGCUGCAGAAGAUAACAUAUUAACCCAUCAGUGUUCUUAACCUGCUCCCUGAACCUCUAGAGAAUGCAUAAACUUCCUGGAAUAUUUUAAAAGCUCUGUGAGCAUAUGUGUGGUGGUGUUUUUUUCCUGGAGAAGGGUUCCUGACUUAGAGCAGUCAGUGACCUACUAAGGAUUAGGACCACUGUUCUAGCCCAGCCUCUCAUUUGACAGGAUGAGGAAACCAGUCUUGGCCUGAGCUCACACAGAACCAAGAUUUAACCCACAGCCUUGGAUUCCUCUGGUCCAAUAAUCUUCUGUACCCACCCACAUCAUCCUGCUGUGCUUACUUCUGAUGACACAUUUGAAUCUUGCCAGACUCAAACCAAGAUAAUUUCUAUCUUGAUAGAAUGUUAGGGUAGUUGGGUUAGCUGGCAGCUAUUCAUUCAGUAAGUGGCAAAUAACUGUUUGUUGUUCACUUCAUUAAAAAAGAAUAGCAUGUGCUCAUUAAAGAUUUGGAAAAGUGAAAGAAAGCAGCAACAAAGUCACCCCUAGUCUCAACCUUCUUAAACACAACCACUACUGAUAUUUGAAUAUUUCCUUCUAGUCUCUUUCUGUAAAUGGUGUGUGUGAUUAUGUGGGUUUAACUUCGGUUGUACUCAUGCUGUGUAUUCAAUUUUAUAUUAUACUUUUUUUGUUUAACAUCUUAUAAGUAUUUUUCCGCAUUAUAACAGUAAUGUAUUUAUUUACACUCCUUGCCUGUUCAAAAUGUAUUUCAGGCACAGUAUUAGCCUUCGUUUAGAUCUAGUACUUAGAGAUGCCCAGAGAAUACGCUGUGUAACUGGAGGCAUACAAGAUGUAUUUUGUGUCUGUGUUUUAGUGCCUCAGGUUUAAGGCUCGGUGUCAUGGAGGAGGUUUUAUAGGUGUUGUUAAUGCUUUUAGAGUUUAAAAGUAUGUGACAAGGGAAGUUUCCACUGAUAGAACUUGAGUGCCUUCUUUGCAUUGGAAUGU